CAUAUUAUUCUGCAUUUUGGCGUGUCUACACUGCUGGCUAUGCAGCAUCAGUGACUUCACUCAUUACAGCUCUAAUUGUCUUUGCUGCCUUCAGAAAAUUCCACUGUACACGAAACUACAUCCAUAUGCACCUGUUUGUCUCCUUUAUCCUGAGAGCACUUGCUGUUUUCACCAAAGAUGCUGUUUUGUUUGCAGAUGAAACUAUGGACCACUGCCUAAUGUCAACGGUUGCUUGUAAGGCUGCUGUGGCGUUCUUCCAGUUCAGUAUUCUAGCAAAUUUCUUCUGGCUUCUCAUAGAAGGGAUAUACCUACAGACGCUGCUUUUGCUGACCUUUGUUUCAGACAAGCAGUAUGUGUGGUGGUUCAUAUUUACUGGCUGGGGGGCUCCCACUGCUGUGACGUUUACUUGGGUCCUCACAAGAAUCCAUCGACAAAAUACAGGAUGUUGGGAUGAUGAUGAAAAUGGAGUGGUGUUAUGGAUCAUCAAAGGCCCCAUUGUGCUAACUGUAUUAAUUAACUUUGUUAUAUUUAUUAAUGUGAUCAGAACUCUAGUCCAUAAAUUGAAAUCUCAGGAGGGAGGAGGGAGCCAUUCAAGCCACUUUGUGAGACUUGCUAAAUCCACGUUACUCUUGAUCCCCCUCUUUGGAGUGCACUACAUUGUAUUUGCAUUUUUCCCAGAAAGCACUGGUCUGGAAGCUCGCCUUUAUAUUGAGUUGGGCUUAGGUUCUUUUCAGGGUUUUGUUGUCGCUCUUCUAUAUUGCUUCUCAAACGCAGAGGUUCAAAGUGAACUGAAGAAACAACUGUGCAAACGACGGUAUCAAGAAUACCUGAACUUCACACACAAACAUGGGACUUUGUCCAGAGAAAACAGUCCAGUCAACUACGUCACUCAGUUAUCACUGCUUGAAAAAAUCAGUCCCAAAAGGAAAACGUCGGUGUGUCAGAAUGGUGUAACUUCUGUCUGAGCUUUUCUAGCAGGAUGAGUU